UGACUGCAGUCUCUACCUGACUAUAGUCGUACUAUGCUGUGAUCAUAACGCUGGCAGAUCAGUGAAGAAUUAGGGCUGAAACUGUGCGACUGGGAGACGUGCCGGUCACUGGAAAAGGCUCUUUUUCAGUUUUGAAGAAACAAGUGUGACUGUUGGACCGGAUGGAAUUCGGGAUAAGUGGCCGAAACUCUCCGAUGUUAUCCGAAGAUGAUCGGAGGGCCGUAAGGGGAAGUAGCUCUGACUCCUAUGAUAUGUUUAAAAAGGCAGUGAGAAGUGACAAAUGCCACCGUUGUCGCCGUGCAGUGUACCAAGCGGAAAGAAUAACAGUGGAUAGGCUCAUUUAUCAUAAAGGCUGUUUCCGGUGUAUAGAAUGCGGUGUGGUAUUGACCCUGUCAACUGCUGCCGUGUCAAGUCAUGGAGAAAGAGGGAAAAAGGAAGUGUUCUGCAAGACGCAUGCUCCAAAAGUGGUAAAACAUGGAAUGGACAACGAAUCCAUUGGCAUACGGAAUGCAAUGAACGCACAGCAAAUCAGUAGUUAUCGGGGGUUUAACAAUCACAUUCGCAUCCAAGAUACAACAGAUUGGGAGUACGACCCUUACGCCCUGGAAUUCUCACACGCUAAAUACCUAAAUGACCGGAACCGGAAGAAAAAGCCUCCGCAACCGGAAGUACCCUUGGACCAACAAGACACAGAAACAUACAAUGAACUUACAGACAAACUUCUCAACGGAGAGAUUGACCGUGACUCGGUUAAAACCAUUGCUUCCUGCCUUGAGGAUCAUUUUGCCGGGAAAUCCCCUUAUCCCGUAUCGAGAGAAGCCGGGGAUUCUCUUGGUGACUACGAUUACGUGCCGUCCAAUGGGCAGGGAUACGGCGACCAAGACCAUGUUACUUCCUCGUACCAUCUGGAGGCUCGAACAUAUGUCACGGAAUAUAUCAGUUGA